AUGGCCUUAACAGGUACUUUACGAGACGAGUUUAUUGUGGGUGGAAAGUAUCGUUUAAUGAGAAAAAUUGGUAGUGGUUCCUUCGGGGAUAUUUAUUUAGGAAUUAAUAUCAGUAAUGGCGAGGAAGUUGCUGUUAAAAUGGAAUUUACAAGAGCUAGACACCCACAAUUGCAGUAUGAAAGUAAAUUAUACAAAAUAUUAAAUGGCGGAGUAGGAAUACCGCAUACGAGAUGGUUUGGACAGGAAAAAAAUUAUAACGUGCUAGUAAUGGACCUAUUAGGGCCGUCUUUGGAAGAUUUGUUCAAUUUCUGCUCCCGAAGAUUUACAUUAAAAACAGUUUUAAUGCUGGCCGAUCAAAUGAUAGCAAGAAUAGAAUUCGUACAUUGCAAAUCCUUUAUUCAUAGGGACAUAAAACCUGAUAACUUUUUAAUGGGAAUCGGAAGGCAUUGUAACAAGCUUUUUUUGAUCGAUUUUGGUUUGGCUAAAAAAUACAGAGAUUUACGAACUCAUGUCCAUAUUCCAUACAAGGAAAAAAAAAAUCUCACAGGAACAGCAAGAUACGCUUCUAUAAACGCCCACCUCGGUAUAGAACAAAGUCGCAGAGAUGAUAUGGAAUCGUUAGGAUAUGUACUUAUGUAUUUUAAUAGAGGAUCCCUACCUUGGCAGGGUUUAAAGGCUGCGACCAAAAAACAAAAAUAUGAAAAAAUCAGUGAGAAAAAAAUGUCUACCCCGGUGGAACUUCUCUGUAAGGGUUAUCCCGCCGAAUUCGCUAUGUAUCUGAAUUAUUGCCGAAGCCUGAGAUUUGAAGAAUCACCGGAUUACAUGUACCUGCGGCAGUUGUUCCGUAUAUUGUUCCGAACUUUGAAUCACCAAUACGACUAUACAUUUGAUUGGACAAUGUUGAAGCAGAAAACAGCAUCGACAGCGUCGGGAGUGAGUGGAGGAGGGGGGCCAGCACCGAUAACUCAAACACCAGGUAAUACGACUGGCCAAAGAUCGAAUAACGCACCGACGGAAAAAUAA